AUGAUUAAAAUACCUCUCACAGCAAAAUUUCCUUCAUCACCAGGAUUAACACCACACCGAGACUGCGAGAAUUCAAUCGCUACUACAUCAUUUCCAACGAGCAUUCAUGCUGCUUCUGGUUCCUCCAAUAAUUCCAUUUCAUCACCCUCCAUAACAACAAGAACCGCAUCAUCAAAGGUUCCACACAAAGCAGUGCGAGUCAUCUCUCGUGUUCGUCCAUUGCUGCCCGAUGAAUUUGAAAAAUCCAACUUUAAAACAUGCCGAGUAUCUUCAUCGUCUAGUUGUGGUGAUCCAUCCGCCGCUCACAACAAUAUUGUCUUUAUGAAGGAUCCGAGAAAUCCCGGAGAUGAAAUUAAAUUUGAAUUUGACUCGAGUUUUGAUGAAGAGGCUUCACAGAAUGAAAUCUUUCAACAGGAAAUCCUUCCUGUGUUACCUUCUCUCUUUGAAGGUUUCAACACGACUGUAUUUUGUUAUGGUAUGACUGGGAGUGGCAAAACAUUUACCAUGCAAGGAGGGGAAACCCUUGAAAGCAUGGGCAUCAUUCCACGUGCUGUUCAACAUUUGCUCUUUGAAGUUUCCAACCGAAGAAGAGCAGUUGCAUCCUCUACAGAAGCAAACUCUUGCAAACUCUCUCUUUCCUAUCUCGAAAUUUACAACGAGAAGGUCUAUGAUUUGCUUGUAACUCCAUCCUCCUCUUCAUUCUCCACCACCACCACCUCGACAUUGAGAAAUUCCAUGUCAGGCUCUUCCAUCACGUGUGGUUCGCGAACCACACCAACUGAUCAACCUUCCUCCAUCUCUCCUUCUUCAUCGCCAACGAGUGCACUCGGCAAAGAUCUUCCUCUCCACGAAGAUAAAUACAAGAACAUUAUUGUGAAGGGUCUUACCAUGAAACCCAUCUCCAACUAUGAUGAAUUCUGUGAAUGGUUCUAUCAGGUGGGAAUGAAGAAUCGAAAAGUGGCCUCCACCAAACUCAAUGACCGUUCUUCUCGAUCUCACGCCAUUCUCACUCUCACUGUGAAGAAUAAGGACGAAAAGACAGGUCAAUGGCUCACUGGAAAAAUUAAUUUGAUUGAUUUGGCAGGCUCUGAGGACAAUCGUAAGACUGGAAAUACUGGAACUCGCCUCACUGAGUCGUCGAAUAUCAAUGCCUCUCUUUUCAGUUUGCGUAAAGUGGUCGAUCAGCUCAAUUCCAACAACACAAAAGUAUCGUACCGUGACAGCAAACUCACUCGAUUGUUACAAGAUUCAUUGGGAGGUAGCUCUCAAGCCAUCAUGAUCAUUAACAUUUCGCCUUUCACCGAUCACUAUAUGGAUACUUUUAAAUCUCUUCGUUUUGGUAUGAAAUCUCAAUCCAUUGUAAAUAAGCCAAUCAUUCAUGCCAGUUAUUUCGAAAGUGAGGAAGAAAAGGCAAAACUUGAAGGAAUGGCUAACAUUGGUUAUGGAGCAGAUCGAGAGACUCAACUCAAACUUCUCCAACUUGAAAAGGAAAAACAUUUGAUGCAUCGCAAGAUUGGUGUUCACACUUCCAAAACGCUCUCUUAUUCUGAUUUGAUUCAAGUUUCAAAUUUUGCAACGAAAGAAGAUUUGGAACGAGCUCAAGCAGAUUUGAGACAAGGUCUGUUAGAUCCAAUUUUGAAGAAGAGUAUUUCGUUACAGGAUGAAAUUCUUGACAGAUUGGCAAAAUUGGAGCGUUUUGCAUUGACUCAGCAACAACAAGGUUCUGCAUUUUCAUUAGAAAAUUCCCAAAGUUCAGAAGAACCUCACAACCAACAACAACAACUCGAUUACAUUAUGGACAUGAAGAAGAGGCUCCAUUCCUUACUCUCAGAACUUGAUCAUACAAAGAGUUCUCCAUCAACUUUGGCCUCACCUCAACAAGUGUCGAGCAUCGCCUCGCCAUGUUCAUCCUUAUUACCUCCUCCUCCUCUUCCACUACCACCUUCAUCUUCAAACUCAAUCAACACAUAUCAAACAACUUCAACACCUUCUUCCAAAGUGGUGGCGAGUGGUGUCCAUGGUGAUGAUUCUGUUAAAUAUUCAACUCCAAGAUCCUCCCAAUCGGUCACAUCUUCCUUGCAUUCCUUACCAACUCCUCCUCUCUUUUCAAAGCCCAUGAAGACGAUAGCUCCUCCCGGAUCUACCUCCUCGACAUCCUCAACACCUCCUGUUUCUUCUCAAAAGAAGAACAAUCCUUUACCAUUUCAACCUCCUAAAAUGGUACGGAAAAGUUUGUCAGAAAACAUUUCCAACGAUAACGGAAAGUCAUCAUUUGGAGGCAAAGUGACUCCCCUUAAAUCACCAGCUCUUCUUUCCUCCUCUUUGAGUUCACAAAAAAGGUCUAGUUCUACUGCUGGCAAAGUUUCGAGAACCCCACUUGCCAACAUUACCAAUCAUGUUCGAAAUCAUCGCUCCACACCUUCACCUUCAUCGGCAUGCACUUUUACUACACCAACCUCAAUGGGAAAGACCACACAGACAAACAAGACAACUACACCCAGCAACGUUGCCGUAGGUACAACAACAUCGACACCAAAACCUAACCAUGGCAUUGUGCUGGAAAAAGCAUCCUCUCUUGAGCAUUUAAAGCUUUCUUCGAAUCGUCAAAAAACAGCAGUGACUUUAAAAGCAUCCGUUGGUAAGAAGUCAAUGUCUUCACAACAUUGUUCUCCCUCAACCACCAUCACCACCACCACAACAACAACGAAAGUGGAAGUUGUUGCACCUUCCUCUCAGACACUCCAUCAACUAUUAAAACCAUCUGAUGCGUCCUCAUUGAAAAAACCAGAAACGAAUUCUCUCGAUUUUAACAUGACAGUAGGUUCCAUAUCUCCAAUUAAAAAUCGAGACAAUAAGGACAUGACACUACUCUUUCCUGAGAGUCACAAUAUCCAACAAAUAUUGUCAAGCCUUGAUCAUGUGAACACGGAUGACCUAUUUCCCAAGCUUCAAGAAAUCAAGACAAGUGACGAUGACACGCUGUAUGACACUACUGCCAAGUCAAGAAAUGAUGAAGAGUGUGACAAACUGACAGACCCCAAGAGUGAAUUCCAACUCCAACAGCCCACUAUGACUGCACAACGUUAUGAUGAUUCAGAGAAGACAAAAAAUCCUGCUGUCAAGAGAAAACGUUUCGAUUCUAUAGAAAGUGAAUGCGAGUCAGAUUCCUCUCAGAAGAUAACCGAUGGAGUUGAACAACCUAGUAAAAAGGUUCUACUCAACAAAGACAACAAGGAAAGCGUCACUAGAGUCACAAAAGCCUCUAAAAAGGUAACGAUCAAAGAAACGAUUGAACCAUUAAUUGACGACGACCACGAUGAUGAAGAGGAACACGAUCAUACUUCUGACGACUCUGAGAAAAAAUCCAAAACGACGUUCAAACCCAAACUCACCCUUAGAAGAGAAAAGAAAUCCAAACGUGUUUUUAAAAUCUAUGACAAUGCACUUCUUCUCGAGAAGAGUGAAUUUGCAUUGAAUGCACCAUCUGAAAGUACCAACCAUGUGAUGUCAACAGAAAAGUCAAGAGACAAGUUCACACUGGCACGAGAAUAUAUUAAGGAAGCCAAUACUGCUCUUAAAAAAGAAGGAAACAUUUCAAACGCUCUUGAACUUUACGAAAAAGCUUUACAACUUAUACCAAGCAAUGAAAAGUUGAAACAAAAGAUUACCAAACUCAAGCAACUCGAUAAAGAUCGGAACCGGACCGUGCAACAGAAUGACGUUCUGACCAUCAACACAACAUCUGCAUCUGAUGAAGAAGAGGAGUUUCAAUUGAAUCAUCUCGACGUCGAGGAUGUUGAGAUGAGCGAUGCAGUGGCACCACCACCACCACUCCUACAAGAAGAAGGAAUAUUUAAACCUUGUGUGACUAAUAACAUCCGAUCUCAAACAACGUCGAGUGAGGGAGACAAUGACUCUUGGGAAAAAUCGACCCAAGCUAAAUUACUUGAUUACUUGAAUGACACGAAUAAUGGAAUGAAACAGCUCAAGAAAUUGGCCACCAUUGGAGAUAAAAAGGCAGAGAAAAUUAUGGAGUGCAGACCUUUCAAAACCAUUUCAGAAUUGUCAAAAAUUGGGCUUGGGGAGAAGGGAAUUGCCACCUUGAUUGAAAAGAAUGAAAAACUCAUUUCAGAAUUGGAUGAGUGA